GUUCUUGUGAAGUCUUCUCAAGUUUAAUUGGUGCUCGUGGUAAAGAUGUCCUAUAUGUUGGUGAUCAUGUUUAUGGUGAUAUAUUGAAGUCGAAGAAGACUGUCGGUUGGCGGACGUAUUUAAUUAUACCUGAAUUGGCGAAUGAAGUCUACGUGUGGAAGAGAAAGAAAUCGUUAUUUGAUGAAUUGCAGAAAAUUGAUAACAAUUUAGAAACAAUUUAUCGUGACCUGAAUAUAUCGUCCAAUAUAAGACCAGAUGUUGGUAAUUUGCAGAGGAAGAUUCGGGAUGUAGCUCAAAAAAUGGAAGAAUCCUACGGUGCAUUGGGCAGCAUUUUCAGAAAUGGUUCACGACAUACAUUUUUCUCAUCUCAAGUACUACGCUAUGCAGAUUUGUAUUCAUUUUCUUGUAUCAAUCUAAUCUACUAUCCAUUGUGUUAUAUGUUCCGUGCACCUACUAUGCUUAUGCCGCAUGAGUCAACUGUGUCGCAUGGAGAUUCACCGAAAGACAGUUUCUCAGAUUUGGAUUUUGUGCCUUGUGGAAUUCGUCGACGUACUAAAAUUGGUCUUACCUCAGUGACAUCGGUUAUACGUGAUGGUAGUUCUUCUUCGUCCAUAGAAAAUGAACAUUAUGCAAAUAAUAAUAAAAUAAUAAUAAUAAUGACAAUAAUAAUGUUGGUCUCGGUGAUCAAUCAGGGAAUUUAUCAGAUUUUUCAGACUAAAGAUUUGAAGCGCAAUCAAAUGUCUUACAAUUCAUUCUAA